UGCCUCGCAGCUCGGCUUUGUGUGCACUUUAUGGCGAAGCAAGCCCGUUUUAUUUGGUGAUAAAUAUGCGGAACACGUGUCCUUAGUGCAGUUUCGGCAGAGAUGCAGCCCUGUGGCUCCCGGCGAAGGUUAUGUUUGUUUUUUUUUUGGCUUUCAAAGUCCCGGCCACUUUUUGUGUGUGUGGAGCUCGUUGCGUGGCUGAACGCAGUCCUUCGCAUAUGUUGGGAUAAUGGUCAUUUUAAGGAAAGCUGGACUUUGCAAGAGCUUUCGUUAACCGGGGUCCAGGGACACCUACGCUUCUCCUGGGAUGCCUGGAAAUUGUUCAGGUUUUCUUCACUUGGUGCUCAUGAGACAAUCAUGAUGGUGAUAUUUUAGGAAUUUGCCACAUAGUAUGGCUGCUUUUCGAUCCCAGCGUGUUACAAGGUCUUCAGUUGGGUCGAAUGGUUUGGAUGAAAACUUCUGCGGACGAACUUUGAGGAAUCGGAGCAUAGUUCACCCUGACGAUUCCUCCCCUCUUCCUCAGUUAAGAUCGCGAUCACCGAAGAAGAAGCAAGAAGCCACACCACAACAGAAAGGCACAAGCAGUGGGAAAGUUAGUGAAUGUAAGCAGCACCAGACCCGAGAGUCCUGGGCGAGCCCUAGAAAAAGGGGACCCUUCUGUUCUGAGAAAGAUAUUCACGAGAAAAAGCCUUUGGACAUCUGUGACCCGGUAUUACCCGUCUUCAAACGGGUAAAACGAUGCUCCCGCUCAGAGCCUGUGGAUGGCUUGGAGGAAGCAUCGCCACCAGUUAAGAACGAAAAGACUUCGCUCGAGCGGAGAGGCUCGGCUGUAAGCAAUGAUGGGGACUCAGCGCAGCUCAAACGUGCUCGACGCUUUCUUUUACUGGAUGAUUGUGACAAAAGGGAGAUCAAAAGAGUGAAGGACUUGGAUGGCGGACAUGAGGAUUCAUUGCUGCUGAAGGAGGUGUCUGCUCACCAGGCUGCUAAUGGGAUCAAUGAGAAAGAUGUUGCUGCUGCUCCAGAGCAUCGUGAGUGUGAACCUCUUCAUUUGAACAAUAAACCAAAACAUGUUGAUAUGCGCGCUCCCAUUUCACCAACAGAAACUGAAAACAUUAAUUCCGGUGGUCAUUCACCGCUGCUCAAUGGCAGUAAGUUGGCCACAAUUUCAGAGCCUGACGUGCCUUCUAGAGACUCGGAGUGGGAAGACCACAAGACAGUAAGUGACUGCCACUCUGGGUCGCAAACCAGUCAGUCACAGCAAUCUACUGCUUUUUUAGCAACUGAAAACCCAUCGCAAAUCAGGGAAUCAGAGGAAGAAGUCGACGUUGUGGGGUAUAGCUCAUCCCUGUUGAAGGAGCAGUGUUUUGAAAAUGCCGGUUGCAGUAUAGAUGCUGCUCAGGAUGUUGAACAGAUCUCAGGGAUGGCUGACUAUUCUGCAGUGCCAGACUCUGGAUUAGGGUCCUUCUUUAAAUCCCAAGAACACAGAUAUGCACUGAGAACUUCGCCAAGGAGGGCUGCAGUUAACAAGGGCAGCCCUCAAAAGAUGUGUUCACCCCCCAGGGACAAUGGGCAGGUGGAAGAUAAAUUUCCCAGUCUUAAUGAAUGUGAAAUGGACAUUGGUGCAGUAGUGGCUUCAGACAGGGAACGUUGUGCGAAAUUGGAAGAGGAUGACUCUCAGGCUAAAAGGGAGCUGCCUCUAGAUGGGGCUGGAGACAAUUGCAGUGGUAAUGUACCCAACUCACCUGCGCAGCAGGGGCUGGAUAGAGGGCAUUUGCCCCCAAGCAGGGAGAAUAGCAGCCAACAGUCUAGAGAAGAGGAGGAGGAGGAAGAGCCUGAUGUAUACUACUUUGAAUCUGACCAUGUGGCACUGAAACACAACAAAGAUUACCAGAGGCUGCUACAGACCAUUGCUGUAUUAGAAGCCCAGCGGGCCCAAGCUAUUCAAGAUCUGGAAUGUUUAAGCAAAUAUCAGAAGGAAGGACUGAAGGAACCCAUAGCAUUUGUAGAAAAUCUCCAGAAGAAGGUUGACAUGGGGCUUCCUUGUCCGCAAAGAGUGGUUCAGCUGCCUCAGAUUCCAUGGGACCAUUAUACAUCUGGAAUUGGACAUUUUGAUAAAGAAUAUAGAAAUAAGAAACACAACACAAGGAGGUUAAAACUCAUCUUUGACAAAGGAUUGCCUCUGAGACCAAAAAGUCCCAUGGAUUCCAAGAAAGAUGCAGAGUCAUCAUCCUCUUCUUUUUACUCUUCAGUGUUGCCUUCUAGUGAUGCCCCUGACAUAAUGACAUCAAACAGUCGUACACAGGUAAUACGAGGAAGAAUUUGUGAUGACUCCAAAUCGGAAACAUUUAACCAGCUAUGGAGUGUAGAAGAACAGAAAAGAUUGGAGGAACUGCUCCUUAAAUAUCCCCCUGAAGAAGUGGAAACACGACGCUGGCAGAAAAUAGCAGACAAAUUGGGCAACCGUACUGCCAAGCAGGUUGCCAGCAGGGUGCAGAAAUAUUUUAUUAAGUUGGCUAAAGCUGGAAUCCCUAUUCCAGGAAGAACUCCAAAUGUGUACCUGCAUUCAAAAAAGUCUUCAAACAGACGCCAGCACCCUCUCAAUAAGCACCUCUUCCGGCCAUCCACCUUCAUGGCAUCGCAUGAACCUCCAGUCUACAUGGAUGAUGAAGAUGACCGGGGCAGCAUUUACAGCAGUCAGCUAGAUGCAGCUGCUGAUGACGAGGUCUCGGAUGAAGAAAGUAUUCCACCUUCGUGUCGACACAUGGCAGAAUACAAAGAGUUGCUAUGCUUGAAGAAACUGCGGAAACAGAAACUUGAGCUAAUACAGGGGGAAAGCAGUUUUGUACAACAUAUUGGGUAUAAGUGUGAUAACUGUGGCAUGGAGCCAAUUCUUGGAUUACGAUGGCAUUGUCAAGAUUGCCCACAGGACAACUCGGUAGAUUUCUGUGACAGUUGCUCGGACUGCCUGUAUGAAACAGAGAUUCACAAGGGCGACCAUCAGUUGGACCCUAUCUACAGAGCUGAGACAUUUCUGGACAGAGAUUACUGCAUGUCUCAGGACACUAGUUACAAUUACCUUGACCCAAAUUACUUCCCAGCAAACAGAUGACGAAGAGGGCAUAGUUGGGGAGGAAGAAAACAAACUCCUAGUGGGCGUUGAUUCAUGCUCUUUGGUGCGUCACGAUGAAGAAGGCUCCAUUUGUUGAUUCCAUGCACGGAUCAGAAGGGUCCAGCUGCUGUUUCAAGUGUGCCCACAACUGAUGGCUUCAAUGGGCAUCCUCAACUGUGGCCCCAUGCUCCCUGUGGUCCUUUAUAAACCAUUCAAUGGCAGCUGAACAUUCCUAACAUGCAACAUGUUUCCUUGAGAUGCCUUCAACGCAUGUUCUCUCUUCCUCUUUCUUUCCCAUUUUCUUCCCCCCUCUCUCUUCUCUCUCUCUCCUCCCUCUUCUCCCUUCUCCUCUCCCCCCUCUCCCUCUCCCCCCCUCCCCGUCUCUCUUUUUCUCUCCCCUACCCUGUCCCCUCACCCCUCCCUCUCUCUAUCUCCCUGUCACUCAAAGUUCAGUUGCUCUCUGUUGAUGGAGAUGGAAGAGGAAGGGAAGAUCUGAAGGUUGCAGAACUAGCAGGCCCAGUCAUUUAAUUCCAAAGGCGAGAUCGGUUUCUGUGAUACUGACUGUUCUCUUAAACCAUAAAAUGAUGUAGAUAAAUGUCUAUUUAGAUGAGUAUUUAUGGAACCACAUGAUACAUUAGAUUUGCUAUUAUGUCGUGUAGUAUAUAGUCCUACCUACACAAAGAGAAGGCUGCCUUUUGGUGUUGGAAGGGAAGUUUUAUGUUUUAUAUAAGAGAGUUUAAUGAGCUAGUAAAGUUGAUGGUAGAGGUGCUGAGUCUAGUUAUGAUCCAGUGCGCUGGGUCUGCUGAACGUAACCAGCUGCCUCCUCCCAAGUAGGUCUCUCACCUUCCAUCUCUCAGUCCCUCCACCAAGCAACAACUCAAAGCACUACAUGAGGCAAAGAAUCUUGGGAACGAUAAUAAAACCCGGCUGCAUUUUUCUUUGAAACCACCCCUCCCGCAUCCUUCCCACAAACAAAGCUGCACAGUUGAAGUUUGAAUACAAGUCAGUCGUCAGUGAACGUGUUUUUAGAUGUAAUGUGAUAUAAAACGACUAUGUAAUGUGUACAAAAAAUAUGGUGAAUUAAGUACAGUGGUAGCAACAGUGUACAACACAUUAUACAUUAUAUAUCUAUACACGUGUGUGUGUGUGUGUUUGUGUGUAUAUGCACACUCACACACACCCACUC